CAGGCUUCGAGGAUGGCCCUGAGCGAUGAGCUGGCCACGGGAUCCCCGGAGGAGCAGGAGGUGGAUGCUGGCCGGGAGCCCGAUGCACCGGCCUGCGUAGGAGCCCUGGAAUCCUUCGGUGAGAGCGUGGAGACCCGCGAGCUUCUUGGCCGCCUGAAGGACGUGCACGGCGACCUGGCUGCCCGCGAGGUGGCCCUGGAGCGGUUCCGAGUGAUCAUGGACAAGUACCAGGAGCAGCCACACUUGUUGGACCCACACCUUGAAUGGAUGAUGAGCUUGUUGUUGGACAUGGUGCAAGAUAAGACAUCUCCACCAACCCUCGUGCAUCUGGCUUUUAAAUAUCUCUACGUUAUCACCAAGGUUCGUGGAUAUAAAGUAUUUCUUCGUCUGUUUCCUCAUGAAGUAGCUGAUGUGCAGCCUGUUUUAGAUAUGUUUGCAAAUCAGAAUCCUAGAGACCAUGAGACUUGGGAAACCCGCUACAUGCUGUUACUAUGGCUCUCUGUGACCUGCUUGAUCCCUUUCGAUCUGUCACGCCUUGAUGGGAACCUCACUGCUCAGCCUGGCCCAGCACGGAUGUCCAUAAUGGACCGUAUUCUCCAACUCGCAGAGUCCUACUUGGUCGUCAGCGACAAGUCCCGUGACGCAGCUGCCAUUCUUGUGUCCAAGUUUAUUACACGCCUGGACGUCAAGCAGAAGAAGAUGGCUGGCUUCCUGGACUGGACCCUCCACACGUUGGCUCACUCCUCCUUUCAGACCAUUGAGGGGACUAUCACCAUGGAUGGGGUGCUACAGGCCCUGGCACAGAUAUUUAAACAUGGAAAGCGUGAAGACUGUUUACCCUAUGCUGCCACCGUCCUGGAGUGUCUCAAUAACUGCAGACUCUCUGACAGCAAUCAGACCCUCCUCCGGAAACUUGGGGUGAAGCUCGUCCAGCGUCUGGGGUUGACCUUCCUGAAACCCAAGGUGGCAAAGUGGAGGUAUCAGCGGGGCUGUCGAUCUCUGGCUGCGAAUCUGAAGCUUUCUACCCAGAGGCAAAAUGAGCCCCACAGUGGGACUCCUGAUGAAGAGGAAGACUGUGACGUGCCGGAGGAGGUGGAGACAGUGAUAGAGCAGCUACUGGCCGGGCUCAAGGACAAGGACACGAUUGUUCGGUGGUCAGCAGCCAAAGGCAUUGGCAGGAUGGCUGGACGGCUUCCCCAGGACCUGGCGGAUGAUGUGGUGGGCUCCAUGCUGGAUUGCUUCAGUUUCCAGGAGACGGACAACGCGUGGCACGGCGGAUGCUUGGCACUGGCGGAGUUGGGCAGAAGAGGCCUGCUGCUUCCCUCUCGACUCACUGACGUUGUCGCCGUGAUCCAGAGAGCGCUGACCUAUGACGAGAAGCGAGGCGCCUGCAGCGUGGGUUCCAACGUCCGAGACGCUGCCUGCUACGUGUGCUGGGCCUUUGCGCGAGCUUACGAUCCAACGGAACUGCGGCCCUUUGUGGCUGAGAUCUCCAGUGCACUGGUGAUUGCCACGGUGUUUGACCGCGACGUGAACUGCAGAAGAGCCGCCUCGGCUGCUUUCCAGGAGAAUGUGGGAAGACAGGGUACUUUUCCUCAUGGAAUCGAUAUUUUGACCACAGCUGACUAUUUUGCUGUUGGAAAUAGAGCCAACUGUUUCUUGGUUAUAAGUGUGUUCAUUGCGGGCUUUCCUGAGUACACCCAGCCCAUGAUAGACCAUCUGGUUGCCAUGAAGAUCAGUCAUUGGGACAGGGUCAUUCGAGAGCUGUCGGCAAAGGCGUUGCGGAACCUGGCCCAGUGUGCACCCGAGUACUGCGCUACUCAUGUUUUCCCCAAACUACUGUGCUUGACUCAGAGUCCGGACUUGCAUGCGCGCCAUGGGGCGAUCCUUGCCUGCGGGGAGCUCACCUGCGCCUUGCAUAGACUCGCGGCCCAGGGCAACAGGCCUGUCACAGACUACCUGAACGAAAAGACCCUGGAGGGGUUGAAGCAGAUUCAUCAGCAGCUUUAUGAUCAUCAGUUAUACAGGGGUCUAGGAGGAGAACUCAUGAGACAAGCAGUGUGCAUUCUGAUAGAAAACCUGUCGCUUUCCAAAAUGCCAUUUAAAGGCGAUGCCCUAAUUGAAGGCUGGCAGUGGCUCAUCAGUGAUACCCUACGGAGUCUCCACUUGGUCUCCAGUCACUCCCGACAGAAGGUCAAGGAGACUGCUGUUUCAGCGCUGGCUGCACUGUGUGGCGAGUACUACGUGAGGGAACCAGGAGAGGCAGAGCCUGCUAUACUGGAUGCACUAAUGCAGCAGUACCUUGCUGAGCUCCGGAGCCCUGAGGAGAUGACACGAUGUGGCUUUGCACUGGCCUUGGGGGCCCUUCCCCACUUUCUCCUGAAGGGCAGACUGCAGCAGAUCCUGGCAGGUCUGAGAGCCGUCACCCGCAUCUCCCCCAAGGAUGCGAGCUUCGCUGAGGCCAGAAGAGACAGCUUGAGGGCCAUUGCUCGGAUUUGCCAGACAGUCGGCGUAAAUGCAGAAGGCGUCCCCGAUGAGGUUGUGUGUGAGGCGAAUGUUCCCCAGAUUUACAGCACGCUGCUCGACUGCAUGAACGACUAUACCACCGACAGCAGGGGCGAUGUAGGAGCGUGGGUUCGCGAAGCCGCAAUGACCAGUCUGAUGGAGCUGACGCUCUUGCUGGGGAGAAGCCGGCCGGAGCUGAUAGAGGCUGACAUCUGUAAGCAGGUCCUCUGCUGCGUAGCCCAGCAGGCCAGCGAGAAGAUCGACCGAGUCCGCGCCCACGCGGGCCAAGUGCUCCUGACGCUACUGCACUUCGACAGCCCCCCACUCCCUCACGUGCCCCACCGAGAGCAGCUGGAACAGAUCUUCCCGAGGUUGGACGUGGCCGCUGUAAACUGGAACGCACCAUCCCAGGCAUUCCCGCGUAUCACCCAACUCCUGGGGCUGCCGGCCUUCCGCUACCACGUGCUACUGGGGCUGGCCGUGUCUGCUGGGGGGCUGACAGAGACCACGGUCAGGUACUCAACGCAGAGUCUGUGCGAGCACAUGAAGAGCAUCGAGAAGGACCCACAGGCCAUGGCGGCCUUCAGCACAACCCUCCUGCAGCUCUUUGAGGACCACCGUUUGAAUGACAGGGUGUCCGUACCACUGCUGAAGACACUGGACCAGAUGCUGGCCAACGGGUGUUUUGAGGUCUUCACAGUGGAGCCGGACCACCCCUUUGCUGUGAAGCUGCUCGCACUUUGUAAGGAGGAAAUCAGAAAAUCCAAAGACACGCUGAAGCUUCGAUCAAGCAUUGCUGUGUUCUGUGGGAUGAUCCAGUUCCAGGGGGAGGUGAGGAAGAAGGUGCUCCUGCAGCUGUUACUCCUUCUCUGUCACCCAUUUCCAACGAUCCGGAACGCCACGGCCAGCCAGGUGUAUGAAAUGGUGCUCACCUACGGGGAGGCAGUCACAGGCACGGAGGCUCUGGAAGAGGUCAUGGCUGUACUUAGCGACACACCUUGGGACACGGAACUCCAGUUGGUGAGGGAGCAGCGGAACCACCUGUGUGACCUUCUUCAGGUGCCCAGACCCCAGCUGGUAACCAAGGUAACUCCAGCUGUCCCCAUGGCUCCUGGGAGAGCAGUCAUCUCACAACCCUAUGAGGACGAAGAUUCCCCUCUGAUGAAGAAGUGA